UUUUCAGGGGUAGAGGCKUUGAAGGCGGUGGCAGAAAAAUUACGCGCACUUCCGCUUUAAAGCUGCGUCCUGCUGCUGAGAGACUCUCUGCUGAGCCUCGGAUCAGAUCCGCCUUCAGCCCGGGACCAGGCAGCUAGAUCUAGUUUGCCACUCUGUGAGCCUACUGUCAGGAGUUGGAUAAAAAAAAAAAAAGGCUCUGUGAGACAUUUACGCACGGAAACAGCAGCUGAGGCUCCACCUGAGCUCCGAGACCACUUUGUAUUCUCCUCCCAGCCUCCACUUGUUGAUGGGAGCACCGGGAGGUUUCCUGAAAGCAGCCACUCAGACGGAGCCGUUCUUUAUGCGUAAUUUGGAUGAAACCCUGUCCGACGGGCAGGGCGCAGGGAGGGUGUUUGGUGACAGAUGGUGACCGGUAACGGCGUCGGAUUACACAGGCGGGCUGCUGCCAGGUAAGCAGCGGAAUGGGGAACCAGAUGGACAGGCUGUCACAUUUAAGUUACGCGGAAGUUCCCACGGUGGACCCGAACGGCCUGGACACGGACGACGGUCCGAGGAUCGGCGUCUCCUACAUCUUUUCCAGCGACGACGACGAGCUGGAGGACGGCUGCGCGGCGGACGGGAGGGACAAAGAGYCGAACGAGGAAGAGAAACACUACGAUCCGCGCGACGAGGUGGAGUGCGCCGUCUACAACCGCGAGGAGUGCGUGUACGAGAAGAGCGCCAAGUGCGCAAACCUGGAGGUCUACUCUCCGGAGAACCUGCUGAACAAGUGCAAAGCGGGAGACUUGGUGGAGUUCGUGGCUUCGGGUCAGUACCCGCACUGGGCUGUGUACGUGGGGGACUUCCAGGUGGUGCACCUGCACAGAGCCGAGGUGAAGAACAGCUUCCUGACUGAUGCCAGUCAGGGGAGGAGGUGUCGGGUCGUCAACGACCUGUACAGGUUCAAAGCCCUCGGUCCGGACAUGGUGGUGCAGAACGCCAUGGAGCAGGUGGGACUCAAGGACCGAGAGCUGAGCUGGAGGAACUCGGAGAGCUUCGCAGCCUGGUGCCGGUUCGGCAAGAGGGAGUUCAAGAUGGGAGGGGAGAUACGGAUCGGCAAGCAGCCGUACAGGCUGAAGAUCUCCCUGUCGGACAAGCACGCGCACCUGCUGGAGUUCCAGAGCCUGGAGGACGUGAUCAUGGAGAAGAGGAGGAACGACCAUCUGGGGAGGACAGCAGUGAUGCAGGAGCUGAGCUCACAUUUCACGCGCGCGGAGGAGAGGAAGACUGAGCCUGGAUCCUCUGAAGGAUCUCUGCAGCUUGAGUAGCCUUUACUGAACAACACCUGUUACACUGUCCUCCUUAAAGGGAUAGUUCAGAUCUUCUAAAGUGGGGUGCUGUGGAAAAUUUAUCAACAGUAAAUAUCUUAUCUGCUGUAGAUAACUCUUUGAACUCUUAAAUUUGGGAGUUUGAAGGUCCUGGUAAAGUCAUAAAGACCAAACAAAAAUCAUCACRACAUUUGUCUCAUUCUGAUGUGACCUUAAAUUAAACAUUUAUAAGCAAAAUAUGAAAAAAGAGAACUGAAAAAAGACAUCUGACAUAUUUGUUUACAUAUAAGCCUCAGUGGUGUGACUCAAGCUUUCAUGUGGUUUUAGGUAGAUUCCUUUAUACUUUGUUUACAUUCAGUGUGGACCCGCAUUUCAGAAUUGCAUCUAUAAAGCUAAGUGUCACCGUUUCAUACAGUUAUGAACAUUUUUAUAUUUGAUUUCAUUCUUGACAAUCAGUAGCUUUAGGUUUUUUUUUUAUAAAAAUCAUGUGACCAAAAUGGAUCGCUGCCGAAAUUUCAAAAGAUUUCAUGUAAGUUUGUGCAUUUUGUUUCUAAAUGUUAAAACUUCCACUUAAUUUCACACCAUUAUUUUGRCAGAUGCAUUUUAAAGUUUAUUGGGAAGGCAAGCUGCUGCUAUUUGCUCUUGCAGAUAACAACASAGUUCUGUGUAAAUAACUGUAAGUAUUAAGCAGCUGGAUCAGGUGCCUCACAGCUGAAGGAGCUUUAGUGUUGAAAUAGCUGCUAUAAAUAUGAGAGAUGAAUUUUUCAUACAUUUCUCAACAAAACCCUCAAUGUAGAAGAUCUGAGCUGUCCCUUUAUUCUGUAGCAAUCAUUUAUUUUGGCUGUAGUYGGAACAUCUGAUUUUUUGAUUCAUGUUUUUACAAGGUCAUCRUUUUAUUGCCUUAAAGUCACAAUCCUUCACAUUCCAAUUAAACCAUCUGAGAUUAAGUCAA